AUAUAAUUUAAAUAGUUUGCUAUUUUGUUUAGAAUCAAAAUAUUUUUAAAUGACAUGUUGUAAUAAUUGACCAAAAGAAAUUAGUGUGUGAUUUUGUUGAAAUGCAGAGUACAAAGCCUUAAUUUAUACCAAGUUAUGGUAUCUAUAACGUAUAUGAAUACCAAAAUUUUAUUAUUUUUAAUUGGUGUUGUAUUUUAUAAUUCGAAAUAAUUAGGGGAACGGGCAAAACCUCUCUGUUCUCUCGCUUAUAUUUUUUUUAGAGAGAAAGCAAAUCAGUUUCAACGAUCGGAUAUUUUCUGGUGUUAGCCGUCCUGACUUUUUGGGCUUUCUGUCCGAUAUCACCGGCUCUGGUAGCGGUGUUGGUUGGCUCUAGUCCGGCAGCGUCUUGUUCACAUAACCGGUGGUUGCUGGCUCUUGGUUUCUCUCGUCGAUGUAGAUCGAUUUUUAAUCUGUGUUUUUUUAUUUUCAUGUUUUGUUUUUAAUAAUUCUCAUCUGAGACAUGUUGGUGAUAGAGUGAAUGCAAUCUCGCUUUCUAAUGCUUCUUAUCCGAUCUGUUCUUUUUUAAGUUUUGAUUUACAGAAAUUUUUGGAGAAAUUUGAGAAUGAUGUUGAAGAAAAGAAGUGGAUUCUGUUGUUAAUUAUCAUAGCCUUAAGCUGUUGUAUAUUUAACAUGAGCCUCGAUUGCUUUUUAUCGGUGAAAAAACAAAAAGAUCCAUGUUCUAUGAGACUAUCGACGGUGAUUCUUUCACCGAAAUCGGUGCUCAGACGGCGAAAAUGAAGUCGGUUCGCUUUAGAGUACUCAUCUGACACGUAUAUUAAUAUAUCGACAUGUGGUUUGGGAUAGAGUCAAACUAUAGUUUCUUCUUCUAUGAAAGACUCUCUGUUGGCCUAUUUGGUCCUAAAUCGUUUCUGUAAUCGCGGACUUUUCUUUAAGCUUUGACUAUCUUGAUUAAUACAAUAUUUCUCUUGGGACAAAAAAAAAAUAAUCUUAGUAUUUCUUUAAUAUUUUUUGUUUGGGUAUGGGCUAUUGGGCCGCUUCGAAAAGUUCACUUUCUCUAUCGAUCUCUCACAGUUUCUGAGUUCUCUGACUCAAAAACAUAUAGUAGAAGAAAACGAUUAGAGAUCUUCUUCUUUCUCCUGUUGCAUCUGAAGAUAAAGGAAACAGAAAGCGCGAGAUCUGAGUGACGGAGUAAUUUCAAAGGGAGGUUUUCGAGAUCAGAAAUGGCGCAACCCCUCGUGAAGAAAGACGAUGAUCACGACGAUGAGUUGGAGUAUUCUCCAUUCAUGGGAAUUGAGAAAGGAGCGGUUCUUCAAGAGGCUAGAGUCUUUAAUGACCCUCAGGUUGAUCCUAGACGAUGCUCCCAGGUCAUUACGAAGCUUCUUUAUUUGCUUAACCAAGGGGAGUCAUUCACCAAGGUUGAAGCAACGGAAGUUUUCUUUUCAGUUACAAAGCUUUUUCAAUCAAAAGACACGGGUUUGAGGAGAAUGGUCUACUUGAUCAUUAAGGAGUUAUCUCCAUCAUCUGAUGAGGUUAUCAUCGUAACAAGCUCUCUGAUGAAGGAUAUGAAUAGUAAAAUUGAUAUGUAUCGAGCAAAUGCUAUCCGUGUCCUCUGCCGGAUAAUAGACGGAACCCUUCUCACUCAGAUUGAGCGAUACUUGAAACAAGCCAUUGUGGAUAAGAAUCCCGUUGUUUCAAGUGCAGCUUUAGUCAGUGGGCUUCACUUGCUCAAGACAAACCCAGAAAUUGUUAAAAGAUGGAGCAAUGAAGUUCAAGAAGGUAUUCAAUCCAGAUCAGCCCUUGUUCAGUUCCAUGCCCUAGCUUUGCUCCAUCAGAUACGCCAAAAUGAUCGCUUGGCUGUUAGCAAAUUGGUUGGUAGCUUGACCAGGGGAUCUGUCCGCUCUCCCUUGGCUCAGUGUCUUUUGAUACGUUACACCAGCCAGGUUAUCCGUGACAUGGCCAACCACGGUCAAUCUGGAGAACGUCCGUUCUAUGAAUUUUUGGAGAGUUGCCUGCGCCAUAAGGCAGAAAUGGUGAUCCUUGAGGCUGCCAGGGCAAUUACUGAGCUUGAUGGUGUGACAAGCCGAGAACUGACUCCAGCAAUCACUGUUCUUCAGCUCUUUUUGAGUUCCCCCAGACCAGUGUUGAGAUUUGCCGCUGUCCGGACUCUGAACAAGGUUGCAAUGACUCAUCCUAUGGCUGUCACCAACUGCAACAUUGAUAUGGAGAGUUUAAUCUCUGAUCAAAAUAGAAGCAUUGCUACACUCGCAAUAACCACACUAUUGAAAACAGGGAACGAAUCAAGUGUAGAACGUUUGAUGAAGCAGAUAACUAAUUUUAUGUCAGAUAUUGCUGAUGAGUUCAAAAUUGUGGUCGUGGACGCAAUAAGAUCGUUGUGUGUGAAAUUCCCACUGAAAUACAGAUCCUUGAUGACCUUCUUAAGCAACAUUCUUAGGGAAGAAGGUGGAUUUGAGUAUAAAAGAGCAAUAGUAGAUUCUAUUGUGACCAUUAUCAGAGAUAUUCCGGAUGCAAAGGAAAGUGGACUGCUUCAUCUAUGUGAAUUCAUUGAAGAUUGUGAAUUCACAUAUCUUUCAACACAGAUCCUUCAUUUUCUGGGAAUUGAGGGGCCUAACACCUCAGAUCCAAGCAAGUAUAUACGAUAUAUAUAUAAUCGUGUGCAUCUAGAAAACGCCACUGUCCGGGCUGCUGCUGUUUCCACACUUGCAAAGUUUGGGUUUAUGGUUGAAUCCUUGAAGCCCCGGAUUACUGUUCUAUUGAAGCGUUGCAUCUAUGACAGUGAUGAUGAGGUCCGUGAUAGGGCAACACUAUAUUUGAGUGUUCUUGGUGGUGAUGGUACUGUUGACACUGAUAAAGAGAGCAAGGAUUUCCUAUUUGGUUCCCUGGAGGUUCCUCUAGUCAACAUGGAAACUAGUCUGAAGAAUUAUGAGCCCUCUGAAGAAGCUUUUGAUAUCAACUCCGUACCUAAGGAAGUUAAAUCUCAGCCCCUUGCAGAGAAGAAAGCCCAGGGUAAAAAGCCCACUGGUCUUGGUGCACCACCAGCUGCACCUGCUUCUGGUUUUGAUGGCUAUGAAAGACUUCUCUCAUCCAUUCCAGAGUUUGCCGCCUUUGGAAAACUUUUCAAGUCUUCUUUACCUGUGGAGCUAACUGAAGCAGAAACAGAAUACGCUGUCAAUGUUGUUAAGCAUAUCUUUGACAGUCAUGUGGUGUUUCAGUACAACUGCACUAACACAAUACCAGAGCAGUUGUUGGAGAGGGUCAAUGUCAUUGUAGAUGCUUCAGAAGCUGAGGAAUUCAGUGAAGUAACUUCAAAGGCCCUAAACUCACUUCCUUACGAUUCACCCGGUCAAGCCUUUGUGGUUUUUGAGAAGCCAGCUGGGGUCCCUGCUGUUGGAAAGUUCUCCAACACAUUGACUUUCGUUGUUAAGGAGGUUGACCCAAGCACAGGUGAAGCAGAAGAUGAUGGAGUAGAAGAUGAGUACCAGCUAGAGGAUCUUGAGGUUGUAGCUGGAGAUUACAUGGUGAAAGUGGGUGUCUCCAAUUUCAGGAAUGCGUGGGAAAGCAUGGAUGAAGAAGAUGAGCGUGUAGACGAAUAUGGCCUUGGCCAAAGAGAGAGUUUGGGAGAAGCUGUAAAGGCUGUCAUGGAUCUUCUUGGCAUGCAGACUUGUGAGGGGACGGAGACAAUUCCGCUCAAUGCAAGGUCACACACGUGUCUAUUGUCAGGUGUGUACAUAGGCAACGUGAAAGUGUUAGUGAGGGCACAGUUUGGAAUGGACAGCUCAAAGGACAUUGCAAUGAAGCUGACAGUUAGAGCUGAAGACGUUUCUGUCGCCGAGGCCAUUCACGAGAUUGUUGCCAGCGGCUAAAACCUCUUGCGUUUCUUCAGUAUCAGAGAAUGUCAUCUAUUCCUGCUGCUAAACCUCAAAAAUACAUCAACUAUUAUAAAUAGCAUAGUAUUACUUUCUUUCUUUUUUCCUUGCAUUAUUACUGUCAAAUACACUAUGGAGGUUUUCUUUUUAUUUUAUGACGGUGCUUUUUGAUUUCUCAUUUCUGAAUUUUAUUAUUACCCGUUUUCUCGCCAAGUUGGGAAUC